AUGGACCCCUUGCUGGAGAAACAAGAAGAAAUGGUCCAGGCAGCAAUAUUAUACCCCCUGGAAUGUUAUUUGUUUGGGGAAGACCCAGAUGUAUUUCUGGAGAAACUACAACAGAGUGGAACCUCCCAGCUCUGUGGGAAGGUGUUCAAAGGAGGGGAGACAACAUACUCUUGCAGAGACUGUGCAGUUGAUCCAACUUGUGUACUCUGCAUGGACUGCUUCCAGAAUAGCAUUCACAAGAACCACCGGUACAAGAUGCACAGCUCCACUGGAGGCGGAUUUUGUGACUGUGGGGAUGCAGAGGCAUGGAAGGCUGGACCGAUGUGUACUAAACAUGAGCCUGGAGCAUCAGGUUCUGCAAAAGAAAAUUCUGAAUGUCAGUUGAACGAAGAAAUUAUGGAGCACUCUAGGAGGGUGUUUCCCUCUGUGAUAAAGUACAUUGUAGAUAUGCUUAUAUGGGAAGAAGAGAAGGAACUGCCUCCAGAGCUCACAAUUAGUAGAGAGAAGGUAGACAGCUACUACUGUGUCCUUUUCAAUGAUGAACAUCAUUCUUACGAUCAUGUCAUCUAUAGCCUACAAAGGGCACUUGGCUGCGAACUCGGUGAAGCCCAGUUGCAUACUACUGCCAUAGAUAAAGAGGGUCGUAGAGCGGUUAAGGCAGGGCAUUAUGCUUCUUGUCAAGAAGCAAAAGAAGAAAUCAAGAGACAUUCUGAAAACGUGUCUCAACGACCACUUCAUGUGGAAGUUCUGCAUGCUGAUGUUAUGGCUCACCAGAAGUUUGCCUUGCGCCUUGGUUCUUGGCUGAAAAAACUCAUGAGCUAUUCAAGUGACUUUCGUCAGAUCUUUUGUCAGAUAUGUCUCAAAGAAGAAGCUGGAUCUGAAAAGCCGUGCUUCAUAAGCAAGUUGAUGCUAUGGGAUGCAAAACUUCAUAAAGGGGCAAGGAAGGUUCUUCAUGAACUUAUCUUCAGUAGUUUCUUCAUGGAAAUGGAAUACAAAAAACUUUUUGCUGUGGAAUUUGUGAAGUAUUACAAGGCAUUGCAAAAAGAAUACAUCAGUGACGAUCAUGACAGGGUUCUCUCAGUGACAGCACUCUCAGUUCAGAUGUUCACCGUACCUACUCUGGCCCGGCAUCUUAUUGAAGAGCAAAAUGUAAUCACCACCAUUACAGAGACACUCCUAGAAGUGCUUCCAGAGUACCUAGACAAAAAUGACAAGUUCAGCUUCCAGGGUUACAGUCAGGACAAACUGAACCGGGUAUAUGCAGUAAUAUAUGACCUCAGGUAUGUCUUAGUCAGCAAGCCUACGUUAUGGACAGACCGUCUGAGGGAGCGGUUUUUAGAAGGAUUUGUUUCUUUCCUCAGGAUUCUAACGUGCAUGCAGGGAAUGGAGGAGAUAAAAAGACAGAUUGGUCAGCACAUUGAAGUGGACCCUGACUGGGAAGCAGCUAUUGCUAUACAGAUGCAGCUCAAGAACAUUCUUCUCAUGUUCCAGGAGUGGUGCGCCUGUGACGAAGAGCUGUUGCUCAGGGCCUACAGAGAAUGUCAUAAAGCUGUGAUGAGGUGCAGCAUAAACAGCCGCUCACGGGAAAAGACAGUGUUUCACUUGUGUGGCCAUACUCUGGAGAGCAGACCUUACAGAGUAUCUGCAGAUCCUGUCAGCAUACAUUUACCACUGUCUAGGACCCUUGCUGGUCUUCAUGUACGAUUAAGCAAGACUGGAGCCAUCUCAAGAUUGCACGAGUUUGUUUCUCCUGAGGAAUUUAAAGUGGAGCUGCUAGUAGAAUACCCUUUGCGAUGUCUUGUCUUGGUUGCUCAGGUUUCUGCGGAGAUGUGGAGAAGGAAUGGCCUCUCCCUGAUAAGCCAGGUAUUUUACUAUCAGGACGUUAAAUGCAGAGAAGAGAUGUAUGAUAAAGACAUCAUCAUGCUCCAGGUAGGUGCAUCUCUUAUGGACCCAAAUCAGUUCCUUCUGCUGAUACUGCAGAGAUACGAGCUUGCUGAUGCUUUCAAAAAGAUCAAGCCCACCAAAGAUCCGGAUUUAAUCAAACAAUGUAACAUGUUAAUAGAAGAGAUGCUACAGAUUCUAAUUUAUGUUGUGGGGGAAAGAUAUGUGCCUGGAGUGAGUAACGUGACAAAAGAAGAUGUUAUCAUGAGGGAAAUCAUCCAUCUGUUAUGUAUUGAACCAAUGGCUCACAGUGCAAUUACCAAGUCCUUGCCUGAAAAU